GGCCCGCCGGAGAGAUGCCGCCCCCGUUCAUGGCCCACCACCCGCCGCCGCCGCCGCCGCCCCCGCCGCCGCACGCCAUGUACACCGAGCAAGCGCCGCUAUACCUUGCUCAGCCUAACGCCCAUAAAACCACCUCCUUUAUUCGCAAUCCAAUUAAACCGCUUCUACUCUUCGCACCAGAAGCGAUACCGCCCCCGCUGAGGCCCAGCUACUACCAGGACCGUCUCAUCAGCGGCAAGCCGCACGGCAAGAAGCUGGGCAAACCGGAGCGGCUCGGCGGGGGAGAGAGGAUGAGCAAGGAGGGCAAAGCGACGGGGAGCAGCCCGCCAAACUCUCCGCAGAACGGCGGUAAGCCAUCGGGCAGCAGCUCCUCCAGCUCCUGCACGCCGUCGGGGUCGCCGCCGGGGUCAUCGUCCUCCUCUUUGUCCUCGCUGGCCCUGUCCUCGUCGCCGUCGUCGUCGCUGUCCUCCUCCUCGUCGUCGUCUCCGCCGCACAAGCCCGUGCACGCCGGGCCGCCGGGCUCGCCGCGCCAGGGCGGCCACCACGGGCACCACCACGGCCAGCCGCCGUCGCACCAGCCGCACCAGCACCAGCCGCACCACCACCACCACCAUCACCACCACCAGCAGCCGCCGCCGCCGCUGCUCCACCAGCUGCAGCAGAGCCACCACCCGCUGACGCAUCACGGCAUGCCGCCCCCGCCGCCGCCCCACCACCACCAGCAGCAGCAGCAGCACCAGCAGCACAAGGCGGCGCAGCAGCCGCUGUCGGCGUCGCCGGCGCACGGCGCGGUGAUGAACGGGUGCUCGCAGCGCGUGCUGCCCUGCAACGGAGGCAUCGCGGGAGGGCGCAGGACGGACAGGCGGUCGCGCGGCAGCCCCCGGCACACGGACGGCCAGGACGCACACUGCGGUGAGACAGAUGUGGAACUCAGAAAACCGCAAGACGCCGCGAGUUCCAUCGGAAGACCGCAGGUGACGAACGUGCAGGCGCGGUCGGCGCUGCUCUCCUGGUCGCCGCCGGCUCCUCCGCCCAUCACCAACGGCCACCGUCCUUGCCCCGGCGGGGGCGGAGGGGGCUCCCCGCUGCACUCGCCGCCGUGCCCCCGCCGCUACGAGGUGUCCAUCUCGGAGUCGGGCGGCGCCGGGGCCUACCAGGUCAUCUACAGUGGAGAAGACCGUGAGAUCUGCGUGCGGGACCUGCGGCCGGCCACCGACUACCACGUCCGCGUGAGCACGGUGUGCGCGUCGGCGAGGGGCUCCUGCUCGGACUCCGUGGGCUUCACGACGCACGGCUGCGUCCCCGACACCCCCGCGGCCCCCCGACUCACGCAGCGUAACAAGACGUCACUCGUGCUGCACUGGAAGGCGCCCUUGGACAACGGCUCGAAGAUCACAGGAUACCUGCUCGAGUGGGAUGAGGGCAAGCGGAGCAACACGUUCCGGGAGUGUUACUCCGGCUCGCAGAAGCAGUGCCGGCUUGGCAGCCUGCAGCCGGCGCAGGGCUACACGUUCCGGCUGGCGGCACGCAACGACCUGGGCACCAGUGGCUUCAGCGAGGAGGUGUGUUUCCAAACGUCGGGCAGCGCGCCCCCGUGCCCCGCGCCGCCACGGCUGCUCCGCGCCUCGCCGUCCUGGCUCAUCCUGCAGUGGGCCCGCCCCCAGCACGACUCCUCGUCCGACGGCGCGCUCUCCUACCUGCUCGAGAUGGAAGAGGAGGAGGAGGAGCAGGAGGCAGAAGAGCGGGCGGCCAGGGAGCGAGGCGGCGGCGUCGGGGAGGCGGACGUGCCGAUCUGUGGGUUCCAGGCGCGGUACACGGGCACGGAGCUGAGCUGUACGGUCAGAAACCUGUGCCGUGGCUCCCGCUAUCGAUUCAGGUUGUUCUCGUGCUCGGUGGACGGACGCAGCUGCCCCAGCGACGUGGUGACGUUCAGCACGGCGCCCGACCGGCCCGGCCCGCCCGCCCGGCUGCACGCUCGUGGCGACGCGACGGCCCACGGAUUCACCGCCGCCUGGGAUCCACCCAAGGAGAGCGGCGGUGCGGACGUGAUGCGCUACCAGCUGGAGAUGGCCGAGGGCAGCGCCAGCGCAGGGGUGGCGGGCGACUGGCGCGUGGUCUACACUGGUCUGGACCGUGAGCACACGUUCACCACGGCCUCCCCGGGCUCCCUCUACCGUCUCCGCGUGACCUGCGUGACCGCGGGCGGCACCAGCCAGUGCUCCGAGCUGCUCGCCGUGGAGACGCCGGCGGUGGCGCCUGGCAAGUGCUGCCCCCCCGACCUCGCAAAGGCCCCCGAGCCCGAGCAGCUUCACCUGCGAUGGGCCGCGCCCGGCCACGACGGCGGGGCGCCCGUCAGCUGCUACCGCCUGGAAAUGCGGCCCGCGGCGCCCGUCUCGGAGGACGAGGAGGGCGACGACGGCGACGACGAGGACGGCGGCGACGACGGCGACGACGGCGACGACGGCGAGGCAGAGGAGGCGGCGGAGGGGCAGCAGAAGCAGCCGGCGGAGGCCGGAGCGGCGGAGGGGACGGACGACGCGGCGACGGCGGCGUACGUGGGCCCCGACACGGAGUGCGUGCUGGAGAGCCUCCUGCCGGGCCGCGUCUACACCGUGCGCGUGCGAGCCACCAACUCCGCCGGGCACGGGGAGUUUUCGGAGUUCUCCGAGUUCCGGACCGCAGCCUCGUGCCCCGCACGCUGCUCGACGCCCGUUGUCACCUCCGUGCACGCCACCUGUGCCUCCGUGUGCUGGGAGGAGACGGAGUGCAAUGGAGCGGAGUGUUCCGAGUACCGCCUGGAGUGGCGCGGAACUGGGGAUCUGUUCCGUCCCGUCUACUGCGGCCUCCAACGGAGCUACGAGGUGCACGGGCUGGUGCCUGCCACGCACUACUACUGCCGCGUGCAGGCGGUGAAUGCGGUGGGGCCGGGUCCUUUCAGCACCGAGGGCGUCUACGUGACUCCGGCCUGGGUGCCUGGCGCGGUUCCGUCACUCCGCCUGAUGGACCCAGAGGAGGAGAAGUUGGGGUCUGCGGAGGGAGCGCCGCUGGAGGUUGAGUCCCAGGCUUCACCACCCUCCACCUGCCUAUUGGCCGGCUGGGAGGCUCCGCCCUCCAAUGGCGCACCGAUUCUGGGAUACACCCUACACCUGAUUGGCCGAGGACAGAUGGAGGGGGAAGGGUCAGCGGAGAAGGCGUGGCCGCUGCUGUCUGUCAGGGGCGGAGCCAACACACGUCAUGUGAUACGAAACCUGCAACCGGACACCGAGUACAGCGUGCGCGUGCAGGCCGUGAACGCGCUGGGCGCGGGGCCGCUGGGAGCCCGUGCCGUGGGCCGAACGAGGCCCCAGCCGCCGGCGCCUCCGCGCCUCGAGUGCGCCCCGCCGGGACCCCACAGCCUCAAGCUGCGCUGGGGCGAGAGCCUGGGCCGCCCGGCCACCGGGGGCGCGGCCGCCGCGGCCGUGGCAGUGGCGGCGGGAGGGUCGAUCGCGGAGCCCACGCACUACGUGCUGGCCAUGGAGGACACGCAGGGCAGACUGACCGUCCUCUACUCGGGGCCCUGCCACACGUACAAGGUGCAGAGGCUGCAGGAGAGCACCGAGUACAGGUUCCGCAUCCAGGCCUCCAACCAGGCCGGCCGGGGCCCGUACUCCGAACUCCACAGCUUCACCACCGGCAAGGCCAUCCCGCCCGCACCGAAAGCUCCACGUGUGACUCAGCUGGAGGGCAGCCGGUGCGAGGUUUCCUGGGAUCCCGUGCCCCCCAUGAGCGGUGACCCCCUCCUCUACUGCCUCUACCUCCACAGCCCACGUGAUUCCGAGUACAAGCAGGUUUACAAGGGGAUGGCUACCUCCUUCCAGAUCCCAGGCCUCCACUUUAACAGCGAGUACAGGUUCCGCGUGUGCGCCUCGCGCCAGAGUGUCUGCACCAGCAGCGGGGGCGACCCCCUGGCUGCUCCCACACAGACGGAGCUGGUCGGGCAGCCGAGCCCCUCGGCCAGCUUCGUGCCCCGCCGUCCCGAGGCUGCCCAGUCAGGCGAGCCGCUAGGCCUCGGUGAGGCCGCGGGCCCUGACCAAUUUCAAAAUGGUGACGAGCGCUUCGCGGCCCUCAUUUUGCUGGGGUUCGGAGCAAGCUCCCUCUUCAUCGCCUUCAUCAUCCAGCUGCUCAUCAUGUAAAUCCCAACGGGUCAGCUUGAUGUCGGAGGGAAGAUUCCACCAUGUUUGUUUUGGUAUGACAUGUUUUUUUCACCCCAUAAACAAACCAAUAGACCGUUCUUAUUUUUCCGAUCUCGCACGCAGAAAGGUUGAUAGAGCUUGGCCGGUUUUCGCCGCCGCCACGGACUCAAAACUGACUUUGCGUUCCGCUACCUUCUGCGGUGUAGGGUCAGUUCCGGAGGUCGUCAUAUUCCGUUUGUUGUAGCGAUUUUUUUUCCCGUACUUGCGUAACCUUGACAUAAUUCCACAAAAAUGCUGUACUCGUUUUGGUAGACGCGGAGAGCGAUUUCGAAGAGAUGUGGAUGCCACGACCAAACCAAUGCUGACUCGCCUUUGUAAGAACGGUAGGAUGCUACGCUAUGCAAAUUUAAGAGGAAAAAUAAAAUGUAAAUCCGCUAGAAAUCUUGAGAGCAACUGCACGAUGUUGUUAUUUCCAAGCAGCAGUAGCCUCGUCCGAAAGAGCCGCGGUAAUACCAGUACAAGAUUGGCACCUCCAGUGGUGGGUUUUUCGAACGCGUGGGGGGUUUCGAGGCCACCCGUGUACGUACGCUUUGCUGCUUUCUUCGUUUAAAAGUCGCUCUCUCGCGGUGAUCGUUUAAUGAAAGGUGUCGCGGUGGCGAGCGAAGCGGCCUCCGCAUGCGACCUCUGCCUUGUGCGGCUGUUUUAUAAGUUUUUGAACCGACUGUAAAAAGGAGGGCACGGCAAAAGAUGAUAACGAUGAAUAUGCCUUGGCAUAAACAAAAAAAACCUAUAGAUAAUAUCAAGUGCCUGACUGCAUAUCACGUCGACGUAUAUGCGUCUGUAAAUCAGAUGAUAUUCAGUGGGAAAGCUUUAUGUGGUGAUUACCGUUAUUAUAUAUACUUGCAAUGUCAGUGGUGCCUUGUUUGAAAAAAGAGAGGGGCCGGAAAAAGACACAACAAUAAAUGAGGGGGGACGGGGGGGGGGAAAGAGAACUAUGAAAACUAGCCUGCACAUUUGAAUUAUUAUUUGAGGUUGUGAUUUAUAUUUUUUUGCGGGGGGGGGGGGGUCCGGGGUGGGAAAAAGCACUUUUUAUGUAGCAAGCUAUAGAACUGCCAGUGAAUGUGAGCUCGCGUCGCGAUCUGGGUGUGUCCGCCGCCCCUUGUGACCAAAUUGGAAGGUUCCCCCAUCUGGGGGUGAGGAGGUGGGGAGGCUUCUUGAACAAACACAAAAAUUAAGUCAGGAUUUGAGGCGGCAUUAAUUCCAGCCUUGGUGUAACUUUGAGAUCGCACAACUGGACUCUGCCAAGACACGUGGGUUGCUAACAUUCAGAGCAUGAACCUUUUUAUUUUUUCAACGAAAUGCUGUUUUUUUAAUUGUAUUGCAAUUUUAUGUUUAUUUUUUGCCUUAAUUAUAUAUGGCAGCAUCCUUUUCUAUGUAUACUGUUCCAUACAGGUAAUUUUAUUGCAUGUCACGUUAAAAUCGAUAUUGGCUGUUUUAUGGAGAAUUAUGAUAAUGGUAAAAACAUAAGAGCCUUAAUGAUAAUAAUACCCUGGAAAUCCUUGCAAACGAGAUGCUCCAUCUCAAGGGAAUAACCCAGGUGAAAUAUUUUAACUAAAUGAAUAAAAAAAAAAUUACGUAUAGCUUCAUAGUGUGCAAGUACAUGGCGAAUAUGGAUUUCAAGAUGGUACAACGUUUGUUCCUGAUUUUCAUGGUUGAUCUUCAGCCGGUAGCAUGUCACGGCAAUUUGUAUUCCAUCGUUUGUAAAAGGGCUGUGAACUCGUAGUUGCUAGCUAGCUUGAGGCCUCGGGGCUGGUUGAGGCCUGAGCCAACGGGGUGGGGGUGGGGGCUACGCAGGAGAGGCCUUAACCAAAAUAUAGUGGCAGGUGAAAUGGUAUCGUAACACAAGAGGAAACUUUUGCAAACUCGUUGCCAAAAUCCCUCGUCUUGUUGCUCGCCCUUCCUCUAUGCAUUUUAUUAACUGGUAUUUCUGUUUUUAACUAUCAUUUCUUAAAGUCGAGUAUUUAUCCUGCAAAAGAAUGCCGUCGGCAACACGGCGGCGGUUUGCUUGGACAGAAAGGCGCUCUGCUAAGAAACACUCGACAGAACAUGCUGUAAGUUUCUCGUAUAUUUGCACAGCUGCUGGUCCCAACACUAGUUCAUUAAACCACAUUUUUGGCACAUUUUUUGGCACAUUUUUGGGCCCUUUUUUUACAUUCAUCUAUAUAUGUAUCCAGUAUUAAACGAUGUCGCUUUUGUUUUUUUUUCGUUCCGUUUAUUUUUUAUAUCCUUCCCUCUUUUCUUAUAUUUCUAAUUUUUGUUGUUGUCGUGCGUGCGUUUGUUUUCUCAAGUCAAACAUUUCAAGCUUUGCACCCCCCUCCUCCUCAUCCCUCUCCUCCCCCAAAGGUCGUUACUGCCACGUUGAUCGAGCGGAGUCGUAUUCCUACCUAACGAGUUGUCGAGUGGGGGGGUGGUUAGCUCUGGUUGGAGAAGCGAGACGCCAAUCGCGGACCGCGUGCGUAAAUCACUAUUCGCUCACGAUGAAUAUUAACGUCUUGAUUGCUGCUAAAUCUUAAAGGCUUCUCGUUUCCCCUCGCCGCCCCAAGAGCGUCGUGUCAAGAAGACCGAGCCGAGCGCUGGCUUCCCCGUUUGUCUCCGAUGUCAAGCUUUAAGUAUGGAUGCGAACGCGAGAGGGAGGGUGGGAAAAAAUCCAUUUAUUUUCUUUAAGGGCUAAAAUACAUUUAAAAAAAUACCAUCUCUUUACCAAAAAACGAAAAAAACUGCUGGGACAACACGUUGCAUGUCUCGGUAGAAAAAAAAUGUGCGCAUCAAAUAAUUGUGUAUCCGUUUUUUUCUUCUGGUUUUUUGAAUGCAUGCUGGUCGAGGUGUUGGCGAGUGCAGUGGCGGUGCGGGCGCUUUCAUUCCGCGUCCGCACCGCCCUCCCUCCAACGCUCGCACGUUCACACGUUCACAAAACAACAGCGGCACGAAGGACCCUCUUUCCUCCCCCCCCCCCCCCCCCCCUGCGUCUGCAUCACUUAACCGCUCGACUUUUUUUUUCGAAGCUCAACCUCUCGUGUCUAUUUAAGUUGUUGCCGAAGCUGUCCCCCCCCCCCCCCCCCCACGAUGCCGGUGCCUCGUUGAAACCGGUCGAUGUUGGAAGAAUGCUUGCCAAAGUGUAUCCGAGUGUAGCUGCUUUACCGAUGGAUUUACGGAAACGUUAUGGUGCUUGAAAAUGAUCCCCUCUCCUUCCCCCUUUGUCCCCCUGAGCUGAGCCAAUCUACUGCACAUUUACCGCGUGGCUUUGCAAACGGUUGGUCUUGACGAACGGAGGAAAGUCAUUUGGUGGGUGUUAUAUAUAUAUAUAUUUUUUUGUUUUACUUUCUAACAGAACGGCUUUGGCAACGCGCGUGCGGUCCGACCGAGCCGUGUAAGGAGGGAGUCACAACAGCCUGUCUGUCUGAGCGCGGUCCGUGUGCGGCUGAGCGGGAGGGCGAGCGAGUACUCCCAUGCACGUCCGUGUGCGUUUGGACGGCUCUUUUUUUUGUACACUUGUACGUUUUUUCGGCACAGGCGUAACAAAUAAACAAAAAUAAACACUUUUAAGAAAAAAGUCGCGCCAUACAGAAACGCAAGCGCGUAGCCUCGCGUCGACAAAGUCUGCAGCGAGGCAAAUGACCCAUGGGGACCCCGCAGAAGCAGCAGAUACAGGGCUGCUGUGCGCGCGUUGUCAGUGGCAGGUGCACGGUCGGUGUCAAAUCGUUCAAUGUUUGUGGGCGCAUCUUGAUGACCCCCCCCCCUCCAUUUAGAAUGUGACCGUAAGGCUCAAUUCUUCAAAUCAAUGAACACCGCACUCGAGACCAUUUACUUGGGCGUCUGCGGAACUUCCCUGCAACUGCGUGGGAUGGGGGGGGGGGGGCGUUAGGAGGUGGUUUGGGAGUUGCAAUCAGGUGCGGAGUGGGGAGGCCUUUGGAGAAGAUCCUGCGUAGCGCGCACGACCCCGCAAGGCGAAAGCGUCACAGGUUCAAGGUGCGUUGCUCUCCGAGCAGGAGUGUUGGCACCAUUACCUCUCUAAACAGAACAACAAACCCGAACCCGUCACUUUUUUUAAAAAAAAAAUCCCAAAUGAAACACCAACAUCCAAUAUUAAGUUGAGCUCUUUAUUAUUAACAGUGCAAUUUCGUUUUGUUUUAAGUUCCACAUUUUACCGUUGCUGUUUUAUUCUUUGUAUUUAUUGUGAUUCCGCUGAGAGAACAAUGAGAGAGUGGCGUGCGUGCGAUUUGCUAAUUUGUUACGGUUUUAACUUCUCGUAGUCUCCUAAGCUUUCCGCGAGUUUAAACUUAAAGCCUCAGGCGGCGACAUUAGUCUAUCUAUUCCACGUAGCCAUUUCUUCUCGUCGUCGCUUCUCUGUCAUUAUUAUUCCUUCGGGGGGGGAACCUUCGGUGCGUGUAAGACAUCGCUCAUUUACAUCAUCUACAGACACACACAAAAACAUAAUUCGCUUUGAAAUUGUACGUGUAGACAAUGUUUACAGAUGGCAUGCAUUUCAUUUGGCCGAUGUAAGGGUUCGGGUGAAAACGGCCAGUUGUGCCUUCCUAUUUGAACAUGCUUGCAGAAUCUGUUAAUCCAGCCCAUUGCCCUCCUAUCCGUAAAGCUUUCGCUUGAGGGGACAUAUAACAAACAAACAAAAGUAAAUAUAUAUUUUGUACCUAAAACUUUAAACAACAAAAAAUUACGACAAAAAAAGAAGUGAAUUUAUUUAGCUAAAAGUAUUUUCGUAAAACAUUUCGCACGGUUAAGUCACAUUUCCAGAUCGUCAUCAGCAAUUAAAGUAAGGCCUUUGUUUUUUUGUUGGGAAAUUAAGUUGCAAUUUUCUUAAAUUUCGUUUUGUUUGUACGCAGAAUCAAGGUGCUUAAUUGUGCUGUGGAUAAAAAUGUUCAUGCCAACGUUUGAAGAAGGGCAAGUCGCUCGUUUUAAAUGUUUUAUUAAGUUGGAUUUUUCUUGGAGUGACUAAUUGAAAUUGUUAACGGGGUAAUCAAAACGGAGCUGAUUGAAAAAUUAAUCUGUCCGUUGGUGCUGUCGGGACCGUUGUAUUAAUGUCACGUGGAGAGUCUCUGCGAGGGACUAUUUUACAUUCCAUUCAAAAGUUGAUUUUGUUUUAACCGGGCGAGAAAGUCGGACGCGGUCUCUCGUCGGCUAAACCGAGGGGGGUGGGGGCAAUGACCCCUCCGUGACCCCCCGUGACCCCCCGUGACCCCCCGUGACCCCCCGUGACCCGCUUUGCAGCGGCUGCCGUUCCGUUUGAGAAUUCACGGCAAGACGGCAGCACCGCGUGGCUUCGUCGAGGGGACGGACAAUUGUCAACACCAAUAAGCAGCAGCAGCAGAUAAGACCGCUGUUACCUCAUUAACCGCGAACAUUCCAGCGAUUAACACAAACAUUUAAUUAAAUAAGUAAAACCAAAACGACCACCCAACUCCUAUUAAACGCUUUUUCGCGAGAGGCUGAUCAUGGCACCCUCCACCAGUAUCGGGACGCUACAUGUGACGCGCAAGUCGAACCUUGCAGUCUUAACAUACGUAUUGCUGCCAUAAUAAUGUACCAUAUAGAUCCUGCAAAUAAUACUUUUUAAGUAUGUAUGUAAGACGUUACCUUUAUCUGUAGCUAAUAUAUGUAUAAAUAUAUAUUGUUAUCAUAUCAACAAUAAAAGUUGUAUCGAGAA